AUGGAUCCACCCGUAGAGGGUAGAUCUUCCGCUCUCGCUGGAACCGAGGAGGCGGCCACCGAAUCCUCCCGUUCGCUACUCAUUCUCACCGCCCGAGACGUCGACAAGGUCCUCUCGACCCUCGACCUCAAGCAAGCGAUAGAAUCCCAACGUCAUGCAUUCUCCGUACACUCGGGGUGUUCUCAGACUGGCAGUGAUGAAGGAGAAUUUACACAAUCCAUACCACUUCAAACUCCACCUCGGAUUACUCUGUCCUGUCAAGCCUAUACUUCCCUCUUUAUGCCGUCUCAAGUUCCUUCAUUGGGAACGGGUAUCAAGAUUGUUUCUGUCCCUUCCUCCGAUGGGCAAGGUUUACCCGCUACGAAUCUCCUGUUAGACGAAACCAGUGGCAAGGUCAAAGCCGUGAUCAAUGCUAGAAAAUUGACAGCGUUGAGGAAUGCAGCUGGGUCUGCAUUGUUCCUUCAAACCUUCCCGGCUCCUCGUAAACCGACCAGCCUGUUGAUAUUCGGUACUGGAGCGCAGGCGUACGCUCAUGCCGUUAUCAUAUUGAAGCUCUUCCAAUCUAUCAAAUCGCUUAUCAUCGUCGCUCGAGCAAAGACCGUUCGAGCACAUCACUUAAUCGAAGCCCUUCGCAAGGAUUUCUCAAAUGUCGAUAUCACGCUAGGCAUCUCUGAUACGACCAAGUCUCAAUCUACCGACGACACAGACAAUCCGAGACCUCCCGCUGGUUCUGAACCCCCCUUCAAUCUCUCCCAAGCUGUCCAUAAUGCCAAUAUCAUUCUGACACUCACCCCUUCCACUUCACCGUUGUUCAAUGCCGUCGACGUCACGUCGCAUACGAGAUUGGUCCUUGUGGGAUCUUAUAAGCCAAGCAUGCGAGAAGUAUCUGACGAAUUGAUCAUGAGGUCCGGGGUCCUUGUGGUGGAUACAGCAGAGGGUUGCCUGAAAGAAGCUGGCGAAGUGAUCAGUUCCGGUAUCGCCAAUGUGGAGGGAGCAGGCAUCAUUGAACUUGGACAGUGUCUCGGAGAAAGCGAUUCGGCCCUCAUGCACCGAGAGCGCGUCGAGAAGACUGGCGAUGUGGUCAUUUUCAAGUCUGUUGGCUUCGGUGUGCAAGACAUCGCUAUAACUCACCUUGUAUUACAGGAAGCUAUGACUCAAGGAUUGGGUACGACCAUCCCAGAUUAUGAUUAG